UUUUAAAUUAAUAUUUUGAUUUGAAAUAUGUAUAUAAAAUUUAAAUUGUUUUUAUGAUUAAUUUAGACAAAGAUGUUUUUAGGUAAUUAGAUUGGGCGAACCAUUUUCGUAUAUUUUAAAUUUUGUUCAUAUAUAUAAUUUUCAUAAUAUAAUGAAUUUCCAAUUUUUUUGAUAACAUAAUCUUAAUACUUUUUUUUCUUUAAUAUAUUGUUAUCUAUGUUUUUAAACAACACUAUUUUUUUUAACUGUUAUCUAUGUUGCCAAAUAAAAAUGCUUCUGUUCUAACAAGAUAGAUAAAUCUAUCUAAAUCUAAAUUAUAGUUAUAUUUAAAUUACGGGCGUAGUCCUGACUGACCAACCCUAGCACUAAUCAAAAAGAACAUGAUUAAAAUGGGACCCUUUCUCAAGAAAAUCGCUCCCAAAACCGAAAUCUUCUUUAACCGUGUCUAAAUCUUUUACGCAAAUACUCUAUUGUCUAUUAAACCAACUUUUGAAGAAUAAAAAAUAAUAAUUAAUAAACCAACUCUAUCAUCCAAUUUGUCGAGUUUUUUUGGUAUUGAUUCGUUACGUUUAUCUUGGUUUGCGUUCUAGACACAUCCACAUAUCUCUUGGACCGACCCAUAUUAAUGAACCAACUCACUCUAAAAAUAAAUAAAUUAAAAUAUAACACUAUGAAUAUACGUUAAUAUCAAAAACCAAAACCAUUUGAAAACAUACACAAAAACACCAAAAAAAUAAAAGUAUGAGAAUACUCUUUCUCUUCUUCUUCUUCUUCCACUCAUCAUCCUCCUCAAGAAGAACUUCAUCAGAAUCUCGCAUCUUCAUCUACGGUGGAUGUUCACCGGAAAAAUACACACCAAACACUCCUUUUGAAUCAAACCGCGACACUUUCCUCUCCUCCGUCGUUACUUCAUCCUCCGAAGCCUCCUUCAAUAGCUUCGCCGUCGGUAACGACUCUUCUUCCUCUUCCUCCGCCGCCAUCUUCGGCCUUUAUCAAUGCCGUGACGAUCUCCCAUCCUCUGACUGCUCAAAAUGUAUCCAAAACUCCGUCGACCAAAUCACUCUCCUUUGUUCCUACUCUUUCGGUGCUUCUCUUCAGCUCCAAGGCUGCUUCUUGCGUUACGAAACCUAUGAUUUUCUUGGGAAACAAGACACGAGUCUUAGGUACAAGAAGUGUAGUUCCAAGAGGGUAGAGAACGAUUAUGAUUUCUUUAAACGAAGAGACGAUGUGUUGUCGGAUCUGGAGUCGACUCAACUAGGUUACAAAGUUAGCCGGUCCGGUUUAGUCGAAGGUUAUGCUCAGUGUGUUGGUGACUUGAGUCCUAGUGACUGUACGGCUUGUCUUGCGGAAGCUGUUGGGAAGUUAAAGAAUCUUUGUGGCUCAGCGGUUGCAGCUGAGGUUUACUUGGCUCAGUGCUAUGCACAUUAUUGGGGUUCUGGUUACUACGACUUCUCUCCAGAUCCAACGAAUGGAGAUCAGGUGGGGAAAUCAAUUGCGAUUAUCGUAGGAGUCAUUGCUGGAUUCGCAAUUCUUGUUAUUCUCCUUUCCCUCUGCAGAAACUCCAUGCAUUGAUACCAAGAAGGCAUGAUUCGGGAUGAAAGAUUCUAGAGGGACCUGUUUUUUGUUUUGUUUGAAUUUAUGUUGUAGGACCAUAUCCGUUACCUUAAUGAUUAUUUUUGGUUUAACAGAAGGAAAAAAAAAUAUACUUGAACUGACC